AUCUUCAGAAGAAAUGGGAAACAACUGGGUCUGUUGUCAUUCUCCAGCUAAUGCACUGAUGGAAUAAUAAGUUACAAGACACCACCACCACAGUACUCACCUGGGUCAACAGCAAAUAUGACAUAUACUACCAUCAUCAGUGAAUGAUGGGAGGUCACAAUAAUUAUGGAUGGUUGAGAACAAUAUAUCACAGUAUUGGCCAACAACUUAUACACCAGGACCCUGCAUACUACCUAUGAUACAUACUGACAAGACCCAAUCACACUUAGAAAUUGAUCUCCUAUCCAUACUACAUCAAGUAUGCUAAGCCAGGGGAUAAAACUGGGUUUUACCAUAUCAAUGUCAAUGUUUCAGAUGCUAUUACUACUGGAAGGGGCAUUAACAUGAUACAAGAAUUCUUGAUCUUAACUGCAGAAGAGUCCAGCAACUUUACAGAAAUCUUGCCAGGAAUGCAUAAUCAUCUAGAGAAUUAGUGGAGACUAGUUGAAGAACAAGACUUAUUUACUGAUGGCUAUGUUCACUGCAUUAAAGAUACAAUGUAUACCAAAGAUGAUAAAAGAAAAUUUGGUAUUAGAUGGACCAACAUCAUUUGCAAACCUGGUGAUGUCCAAAUUACAAGCUCUCUGCUAUCCCAUAGAGCCCAUGGUCCAUGCAAAAAGAUCCAACACACUAUGCUAUUCUGGUAUGUGGCAAUUCAAGAGGACCAUGAACAUCUAGAAGUCAAUAAAGCUGGUACAUGGUUCCAGCUCUCCACUGCAUAUAGAGAUCUAGUUCCAGGGCCUUUGUCUCCAUCCAGUCAUUCAAAUUGUUAUGCAUUGGUUCCAUAUUGAUUCCCUACCACUAUUCAAUUACAAGGCUUAGAAGCUAUAUCAGAUGCUCUGGUAGGACAAAUUAGGUGGAACAACCCCAUGGUAAUUAAGAAACUUGAUAUUCUCUUUGGCCCUGAUAACAAAAAGACUCAGGACUUCAUUAAUAACUGGCACCUAAAGAUCAUGUGAAUUACUCUAGAUGCCAUUGUCAAGACUUACCAAAUUGAAAAGAAAGCUUUUGGUAAUAAAUCCUAUUGGUAUUGUGUGCACAACAACAUUGACUCAGUGUCAGUUCAGCCUUCUCCUUCUUCUGAGAACUUGGUGGAAGAAGAGAAUCAUGAUGAUUACUAUUAGGAAUUGCUGCUAUCACUCUUCUUAUUCUUAUUUUCUAUGUUUUUCCUUACCAGACUGCUCAUUACUAUUUAUUAUUCUCUUAUUUUACUAAAUUGGUUUUAUUUUAUUUUAUAUGUUGCUUGUUGUCAGGG